GACGCGGCCCCGCUCCGUUCAGCUCGGCUCGGCUCCACUCGGCUCGCCCCAGCUCGCCCCGGCGCGGAGGCUCCGCCGCGUCCGCCGCAGGAUGCCGGGGCCCCGCGGGCUCUGCCUGCUCGCCCUGCUGCUGCUCGGCACCCCCGCGGCCCCGCGCCCAGACAGCGGAUCAGGAGUGGCGCUGGUCCCUGUCAGCCCAGACCCUCUUGCUGCAGAUGAGCUGGUGGACAAGAUGGUCGGUGGAGCUGCAGAGUUCGGGCACGGCACAGGUUUGGCCGGUGGAGCUGAGGAUUUUGGGCAUGCCAUGGGUUCAGAUGGUGGAGCCGAGGAGCUGGGACAUGCCACUGCACUCAACCUGCUGCCAGCCACGGAGGACGGUGCCAAACCAGCAGCAGAGGAGACAACGUUGCUGAUGCAGAGCCGUGUCCUGCCAACAGCCACCACGGCCCCCAGCACUGAUGCAAAAAAACCUGUCCCUGUUAAGAAAAAGCCACCAACUCUAAAGCAAGUAAAUAUGGGAAGAAGGCACCCAAGGCUCAAGCCCACCCUGGCAGGGCCCCCUGGGACUGCCUCCCCAGCCAGCCCGCUGCGCUCUCGGCUCCCCACCACUGCCCAAGAUCCACGAGUGCCAGCAGAGGACAUGGACCAGGGGCCCCCAGAGCUGCCCUGGGGGGAUCAGGCCACCACCAGCUGCCCCACGCUGCAGAUCUCUCCAUCCACCCUGCCACCAGCCCUGCCUCGGCCCUUCCCUGACAGCGCAGGUGAUGCUGAGGAGGUUCCAACCACGGCUCCCAACGGUGACACCGUUAUCCCGAUGAACAGUGCAGAGAGAGAUGUGCACAGCUCCUCAUCAGAGGAGAGCCAAGAAACCACCACAUCCACCAUCAUUACCACCACUGUCACCACCACGGAGCCCACCCCAGUCCUGUGCAGCAUGAGCUUCCACGACCCCGAGGGCUACAUCGACUCCACAGACUACCCCCCGCUGCCCCUGCACGGGUACCUGCAGUGCACCUACAAUGUCACUGUCUACACGGGCUACGGCGUCGAGCUCCAGGUCAAGAGUGUGAACCUGUCUGACGGGGAGGUGCUCUCCAUCCGCGGUGUGGAUGGUGAUGCCCUCGUGGUCCUGGCCAACCAGACCCUGCUGGUGGAGGGCCAGGUGAUCCGCAGCCCCACCAACACCAUCUCCGUCUACUUCCGCACCUUCCAGGACGAGGUGGUGGGGACCUUCCAGCUCCACUAUCAGGUGUUUAUGCUGAGCUGCAACUUCCCACGGAGACCUGACUUUGGAGACGUCACUGUGAUGGAUUUGCACUCGGGUGGAAUUGCUCACUUUCACUGUCACCUGGGCUACGAGCUGCAGGGUCCCCGGGUGCUGACGUGCAUCAACGCGUCCCGGCCGCACUGGAGCAGCCCCGAGCCCAUCUGCUCAGCUCCCUGUGGAGGGAAGGUCCACAAUGCCACCAUUGGCCGUGUCCUGUCACCCAGCUACACUGGGAACCAGUCCAGCAGCAUGUACUGCGUGUGGGCCAUUGGGGCACCCCCGGGACAGAAGCUGCACCUGCACUUUGAGAAGCUCCUGCUGACCGAGAAGGACAGGAUGGUGGUGUACAGCGGGGACACCAACCAGUCUGCUGUGCUCUACGACUCGCUGCGUGCGGAGAGCGUGCCCUUCGAGGGGGUGAUCAGCGAUGGCUCCUCCAUCAGGAUCGACUUCCUCGCGGAGGAACCCGCGGCCGCCACGACUUUCAACAUCCGCUUCGAAGCCUUCGAGCGGGGCCAUUGCUAUGAGCCCUACAUCCAGAACGGGAACUUCACCACCUCCGACCCCACCUACAACCUGGGUACCACUGUGGAGUUCACCUGUGACCCUGGGCACUCCCUGGAGCAGGGCCCUGCUGUCAUCGAGUGCGUCAACAUGCGGGACCCGUACUGGAACGACACGGAGCCGCUGUGCCGAGCCACGUGUGGGGGGGAGCUGACCGCUGUGGCUGGGGUGAUCCUGUCCCCCAACUGGCCGGAGCCCUAUGCAGAGGGGGAGGACUGCAUCUGGAGGAUCCAUGUGGGUGAGGAGAAGCGACUCUUCCUGGACAUCCAGCUCCUGAACAUCACCAACAGUGACAUUCUCACGAUCUACGACGGGGACGAGCUCACCGCCCGCAUCCUGGGGCAGUACGUCGGCAGCAGUGGCCCCCAGAAGCUCUACUCCUCCAGCCCUGACCUCACCAUCCAGUUCCACUCAGACCCCGCUGGGCUCAUCUUUGGGAAGGGGCAGGGAUUCAUCAUGAACUACGUAGAGGUGUCUCGCAAUGACUCCUGCUCUGACCUGCCCGAGAUCCAGAACGGCUGGAAAACCACGUCACACACAGAGCUGGUGAGAGGGGCCAAGAUCACCUACCAGUGUGACCCAGGCUAUGACAUCGUGGGGAGCGACACCCUCACCUGCCAGUGGGACCUCAGCUGGAGCAGCGACCCCCCCUUCUGUGAAAAGAUUAUGUACUGCACAGACCCAGGGGAGGUGGAGCACUCAACUCGCCUCAUCUCUGACCCAGUGCUGCUGGUGGGCACCACCAUCCAGUACACCUGCAACCCUGGCUUCGUGCUGGAGGGCAGCUCCUUGCUCACCUGCUACAGCCGUGAGACCGGGACGCCCAUCUGGACCUCACGGCUCCCACACUGUGUCUCUGAGGAGUCACUGGCCUGUGAUAAUCCAGGACUGCCAGAAAAUGGGUACCAAAUUCUUUAUAAGCGCCUCUACCUGCCAGGAGAGUCUCUGACCUUCAUGUGCUAUGAGGGCUUUGAACUCAUGGGGGAGGUAACCAUCAAAUGCAUCCUGGGCCAGCCGUCCCACUGGAGUGGACCCCUGCCCAUCUGCAAAGUGAACCAAGAUAGCUUUGAACACGCUCUGGAAGUAGCAGAAGCUGCUGCAGAGACAUCGCUUGAGGGUGGAAAUAUGGCCUUGGCCAUAUUCAUCCCAGUGCUGAUCAUCUCCCUGCUGCUGGGAGGAGCGUACAUCUAUCUCACAAGGUGUCGGUACUACUCCAGCCUCCGCCUGCCCCUCAUGUACUCCCACCCCUACAGCCAGAUCACGGUAGAAACAGAGUUCGACAACCCAAUUUAUGAGACAGGGGAAACACGAGAAUACGAGGUUUCGAUAUAAGGACAGCGGUAAGAGAGUCUCCGGCUGUGAACUUAAUGUGCUCUCAUAGAACUUCCUCAGUAACUAAUCCAGAGGCCAUGUGGAGUUUGGUUGGACCCCCGGACCUGCUGUUGUCUUUCCUUUUGCCUCUUUAUUGAAGAUUUUACUGUUUUCUUCACUGUAUUUAUUCUAUUUAAACUGCGAUAGGUGUGCUGCCAAGCCCUGGGCACAGGCAGCAGCGGGAGCCGGGGCAGAGCUGGGUCCUGGUGAGGCCAAGGGGGCAUGGGGGCACCUGCUGUGCCCCCCUCCGUGGCAGAGUGUCCCCUGGUACUGCCCACACAUGCAGAGGGAUUUUUGCGGUUCUGGUGUUGUUAAAAAUUAAAGAUGUCUCCAUUGCAA